AUGAACAAGAACACGCUACGCUCUCAACCGGGUCUUCGAGGGAUUGUCCUUCCCCUACUGGAUCAAGCGCGAAUAUGGGUUGUUCUCAUUGUGACCGGUAUUUUGGUUGGCUUCGUCGGCGCGUGGUUAGAUGUUCUAGUUGCCUGUGGUCUGGACGCUGGAGAAGAGUGCAACGAAUGGAACACGUGGGGAGAAUACCUUGGGAUUAGAUCUAUAGCUGCGACGGCACUCAUUCAAUCCAUCAUUUACGUCGUACUGGCUAUCCUCAAUGGGUAUGUCCUAGAUUUGUUCCUAUCUCCUUGGACACUCUUGGUCAAAGGUGUAGGCUUGGCGCUGGCAGUGGGUUCCGGGCUAUCUCUCGGUAAAGAGGGCCCUUUGGUGCAUGGAAACCAAGCACAGAAGCGCCGCAUCCUAUCUGCGGCCGCAUCGGCAGGUGUGGCCGUCGCUUUUGGAUCCCCAUUAGGUGGGGUGCUAUUUGGACUGGAAGAACUCGACCUUUUCGCGCGUGUUCAUAUAAUGUGGCGCGCGUUUGUUUGUGCUGUACUGGCCGCUGUGACACUCCAGUGGACUGAUGUAUUCGCGACCGGGAAUCUGGUGCUGUUUCGAGUUACGGAAGGGACGCCUUGGAAAGGGUUUGAACUGUUCCCAUGGAUGAUUCUGAGUGUCUUUGGUGGACUCGCUGGUGCACUUCUCAUUCGUUUGAACAUCGCUGCUGCAGUCCAUCGACAUCGUUCUUGGAUUCGUGACUGGCCACUCAUGGAAGUGGUGUGCGUGACAGCAUUUACAUCGUUACUUAGUUAUCCGAUUGCCUUUAUGAGAGCUCAAAGCACUAAUUUGGUUGGAAAUUUAUUUGCGGAAUGCGACCCCACCAAACCGGAUUACCAUGGCCUAUGCAAGUAUGCAUGUUUCAUCAAUGUGGCAGAAUAUCUUUGGACUCGUAUUGACUUCUGGGUUCAAACUGGGGUUAACCGCAUGGACAUUCGGAAUGAAGGUGCCUGCAGGAAUUUUCUUCCCACAAUCGCAAUUGGAGCGACUAUGGGCAGAGCGGUUGGUAUUAUCAUGCAAGGGUGGCAUCGUGCUCACCCUACUGCGUGGAUUUUCUCAUCAUGCGCACCUGAGGGACAAUGCAUUUUUCCUGGAUUCUAUUCUGUGAUUGGUGCGGCGGCCAUGCUGGGCGGUGUAACUCGAAUGACAAUAUCAUUGGUUGUUAUCAUGUUUGAGUUGACUGGCGCGUUAUCCCACGUUUUGCCUAUUAUGAUCGCAGUGAUGGUUAGCAAAUGGGUGGGCGACGUGUUUGGCAAAGAAGGGAUCUAUGACGCUUGGAUCGCACUUCACGGGUAUCCCUUUCUAUCUACUACGGUUGAGUUCAGGGACUAUGGGGAGACAGCGGCUGGGCGUAUGAUUGCUCGAGAGCAUAUAAUCUCAAUCAAUGCUCAUCAUAGUACCUCAGAAGAGCUUGAACAUUUAUUGCAGACGUACACGUAUCGUGGGUUUCCUGUGGUAGACGGUGAUCAACUUGUGGGAUACAUAACGCGAGAUAAGCUUCAGAUGGCUAUAUCUAAUCUCGCCGAUCAAUACCCAGAUGGGGUGGCACCGCCGGAUAUGAACUACACUUUUGUUGGGAGGCAUGAUUCAUCAUACGAAGAAGCAGAUUUGUCUGCUUCGUUGGAUCCAGCGCCAAUGCAACUUCGUCCCGCCGUACCACUUCAGCUGGUUGUCAGCUUUUUCCAAAAAAUGAGCCCGCAAUGUGUACUGUUUACGAACAAAGGGCAGCUUAAAGGAAUGAUGACCAAAAGGGACGUGGUUAACCUGUUGAGAGAACGCUUUCAGAAUGCGCAUGUGUUGGCUGAGCAAUCCGAAACUAUAUUUACUACUGGCGCCUAA